GCGGGCGUUGGGGAGUGGCAGCCAGUGCGUUGCCGAGGCUGCUUGCUGUGAUGGAUCUGUUUGGCGUCCCCGGUUGGCAGGGAACGUCUCUCGGGCUCCCCUGUUCUGCCCAGGCUAUUUUGCAGGACUUCGUGUGCUCUUAUUCACCAGUGCCGUCUAAGAUGGUGUCCUUUGAGAUGAAUGACCUUAAGAGGUUCUGGUAGCGACGAUGACAGUCAUCGAGAGGUUCAUGGACUGGACGGUGUCGUGGCUGCCGAUGUACAGAGAAGCGAAGCUGCUGCUCGUUCUCUACCUCUAUCACCCCAGCACACGGAGUGCGGGGAGCGGGGCACGUGUACGAUGGCUUCCUCCGUCCGCUGGUGGCGAGGAACAAGGACGACAUCGACCGGUCCAGUUGGAGCUGAGGGCUAUCCAAUGUGUUUCGUCGCAGCUGCAGGCCGCGAGAUCAGGCCGGGCAGGCGCCGCACAUUGACGAGUGGUCCAAUUUUCAGAUCGGGCCAUAACAACUUACGUAGGUAGUUGCUUAUGUAAAUGUGUGAUAGAAUGGAAUUAUACAUGAGUUGCUGCUACAAGGAGGAACGUAGUUGCUUAUGUAACUGUGCGAUAGAAUGAAAUUAUACAUGAGUUGUUGCUACA